ACAAUUUGUCUUAAAUUCAAUUACUUCUCUCCCUGUUUCUGUUCUGUUUCUUUGUAGCUCAAGCUUAGGUGACCCAUUUGCUUUAGUACCGCUUAUUUCUUUCCUUUUGUUGUUUUAAUCCUUAAAGACGAAAUCACGAUGCUCGGAGCUCAAUUCCAUGUCCGUUCAGUGACUGGUUUCUGGGUUUUAAGAGAUCAGAUGAAUGCCAUUGGUGGUGGGGUUGGUGGUGGUAAUGGUGGUGGUUUGAUUCAGAAUCCAAGUGGGUACUUGUCAGUUCAAUUUGGUUUCAAACGAAGCUUAAGGUUACAUUGUCGCGGCAGCGGUUGUAGUCGUAAAUCAAUCCUUAUUUCUUGUAAAUCAUCUCGUGGAAGCUCCUCCGAUGGUGACCGAUCCACCAAUGCCUUUGAUGCCAACGAUCAUGACUUUCUCCAAGCUUCCCUUCUCAUUUCAGAAACUCUCUUGCAUUAUCGUAUGCGUAGGCAAGGAUUUCAAGAAGAUAUGAGAUGGCAGUUUCCUGGUAAAUGGAACCCGUUCAAGGAAUCAAGACCUGAUCUGAGUUUUAGAGGACAUGAGUUUCUUCGUCGCUUUCAAAGCCCAACUAUGUUUCUUAAAGUUUCUUGUGAUGGAGACUUCUUGCUACCUAUUAUUGUUGGAGAAUUCGCCAUUGAGAAACUUAUAGAUACCUUCAAGGGAGGAGAUGAUAAUGGGGAAUGUCCGGACCAGUUUCAGCUUCUGAGAAAUUUGGUUCAAAAACUUGGCUAUGAAGUUAAAAUGGUGAGAAUUACAGAGAGAGUGGUUAAUACUUAUUUUGCAAGAGUAUAUUUUAGUAAGCCAGGGGAAGAUGAAAUUCUAAGUGUGGAUGCUCGGCCCUCUGAUGCCAUAAAUGUCGCGAACAGAUGCCAGGCUCCAAUUCAUGUAAAUAAACAAAUUGUCUUCAAAGAUGCUAUCAGAAUUAGUUAUGGUGGAAGGGUGCGUGGUAGGAAGCCUAAUUAUGAUGUAUCCCUUGACAGUCCUGCUGAUGGUCCAGAUUCACUGUCUGAGGAGCUUCAUCUUUUGAGAAAUAUGAAUUUAGCUGUUGAAGAGGAAAGAUACAAUGAUGCAGCCAUGUGGAGAAACAAACUGAUGGAGUUACGCCAGUCAAGACAUGACCAUAGUUUUUAGGUUUGUCAACUUUUCAAUGUGUUGUUCAUAGUAUGAACAUAUAGCUCCUGCCUUUGUGUAUUUACCUCUCUCAAAACUUGAUUUAUUUUGGGGUCCCACUUCCCAGCAUGUGGUUUCUGGAUGAGUUCAUGCGAAUCACGGCUGUCUUUUUGUGUCCAGUUCAUAUGUAAUUUCCAAUAAAACGUUGACACAAGCAUUUCCAUUGGCUAGAGGAAAAAGACUGUCUGAAGUACUCAUGCAUAGCUGAACAAACUUAUAACAGUGGUAUGUACAACUAACACCUUGCUUCAACAAAUGAGAUGCCCAAUAUGCAAGUGAAGAUCUAGCAUAAUUGUUCAGAAUCUCAAAGAUGAUCCGAUCUUUUGUUAAUGUGGAUAUUGUUGCUUUACUUACAAUGUAAUUAUUAGUAAAUGAUAUAUGUAAAAAUAUAGAAAUGAUGCUCAUCAAGAAAAGUUUAUUCAAGUUCCCUGUUAAUUCUAGUGAUACAAACACUUUGUUCAGAAUUCUUUCUGUGAUGAAGGAUGUGAAGACCUGCAAACUCUCCCAUUAGGUUUCUUUUCUUACAUGCCAAAUGGAAAAUGAUGGGAGUUACCACUCACUUCAUAUGCUGAUGGUUGCUGGUGCUAACUGACAUUCUUCAUUUGUUUGUGGAAAAGAGACAGUAGCCUCUAUUGUUGGCAAAGUUGUGAAUUGUUGUUUAGCUGAAGGCUCCAUCAUAAUGGCCUCGAAUGUUUUGUCAAGCUUUUGUAUUUAGCAUUAUUAACCUACAAUUAUAAUGUAAAAUUUUUGUUAAUGUAACUGAAUAUGCUUCUGUAGAAUUUGGACAGUGAAAUUAAAUACUGAAAGUCUUGUUUCGAAGAAUUUAUUUAGUUAUCCA